AUGCCUUUAAAACUAUUGCGUAUAAAAAAGAGUCGACAGUACAAUGUCGUCUCCAAAUCUCUGUAUGUGAUUUGUGUCGAACUCCUGGACAGCACGUCCAUAGAAUGUACCCUAUCGGCAGAGAGCGUCGGUCAAGAAUGCCUAGACAGUGUAUGCCAGAGACUCGGAUUACAUCAGCCGGAGAUUCUUGGGUUGCGGUACAUAUCUCGGGCUAGAAAUCCACGAUGGGUUGAUUUGAGUCGACCAUUAAAAAGGCAAUUGGACAAAUACGCAAGUCAUUUUAGCCUGUAUUUGAGAGUCAUGUACUAUAUUACUAAUGUAUCUUUCAUAAAGGACGAAAUGACUAGGUAUCAUUUUUUUCUUCAAUUGAAAAUGGAUGUUAUUGAAGGUCGUAUUCUGUGUGAUGCUGAUCAAGCAGUAUUACUUGCUAGUUAUAGCAUGCAAGCCGAGUUUGGGGAUCAUGAUUUAGAAAAACAUACAUCUGAAUAUCUCAAAGAUUUUCAACUUUUUCCAAAGCAACUAAUAGCAAUACAAGGGCGUCUGGAAAGUCUCACAGAAGCUGUUAUCUGCCAACAUUUGGCUUUAGCAGGCUUACCUCAAGGGACUGCUGAAGAGUACUAUAUUAUUGCAGCACAACAACUAGAAGGAUAUGGACAGGAAAAAUUUCUAGCUAAAGAUGAUAAUUCUGCUGAAGUGACUCUUGCAGUUAGUCUCAGAGGUGUAACAAUUCAAAACCAAAAUAGAAAUAAAACAUUUCACACAUGGGAGGAUAUAGCAAAUGUUAUAAAUCAUAAACGGUAUUUUAGCAUAGAAGGACAGCAUGAGAAUUUUAUACAAUUUCAGUUUAAUGAUGUUGAAACUGCUAAAUAUGUUUGGAACAUGUGUGUUUUGCAGCACAUGUUUUAUGGGCUACAUGAAAAAAUUGAUCAAACCGGUGACAACAAGGCUGACAUAAUGAGAAAAAAUUUAAAAUCUCAUUUUGACAAUAAUAUAGAGAGCAGUAGAGAAGAAUUAGAUACCGUUGACGCUAAAGAAUCAGGCAUGAUAAGAGGUUCAUUUCCAUUUAAUGGAGUUCGUGCUCAAUCAACAUCUUGUUUAGAUUUGUCCUCUUCACAAGCAAGUGAAAAAGCACGAUUGGAAAAAAAUGGACACAAAUCUAUAUCUAAAUUGCCAUCAUACAGAUUGGCCCCAGAUUAUGAAACUGCUGUUCAACGUAAAUAUUCGCAAGGAGACUAUUACAAUCCUACUCCAAAUUUAAUUCCUACAACCUCUAUAAGUCAUCAAAAUAUAAAUCUUCAUCAGUACAACAAUGAUUAUAAGCAAUUUCCUGAUGUCACUCAAGUGAACAUAGUAUCACCUAUUCAUCCCAUUCAUGGAAAAACAUCAGAAUUAGAUAUUCCAGCUCAGGACACUGAAUACAUACAAAUAUUCAAACCACCGCCGCCUUAUCCAAUUAGUUAUAGCACACCUGAUUUAGCAAGAGCGUGUCCAUUAGGGUAUAUUCAAAAUGCAGUAAGUGGUUCAAGUCCUGAUCUUUUGUCAUCUAGAGGUCAUAAUUGCCAGAUUAUUCCAAACCGUUACAACGCUUCUCAUAUGUUGACAAAUUCCGAUACACACAGGACUUACACAAAUUUGAACGCUUUGCUUGAACCAAAAAAGAAUUUAGAUGAAUUUCGCACGGGUUUUAAUGGAAACAAUAUGAUGUACUAUAUGGGUCAACAUGGUCCUAUUUUAAAUCAACCAAUAACUAGUGUGAUCGUAAACGAAAGGCCACAUAAUUGCAGUGCAGUUCUAGGUAAAUGUACUGAACCUAUUUAUGAAAACGUACCGUUGCCGUGGAAUUCUAAAGAUGUUCGAAGUCGUGCAGCUGGUGCACAAGGAGCUUCUGAAAUCAAAUCACCUAUUGGUAAGGUGCCUCAUCAAGUGCAGCCAGUAAAGGAAGAGAUUAUUGUGGAAAAACCAAAACACGAAGUUACGCCAAUAAAAAACAACACUUUGGAUAUGAGCAGUAGUUCUAAUCUAUCAUCACAAGUAGUUUCAACAUCAAUUAUUCAUUCAGCAGAACAGUCCUUUGAUUCUUCAAAUCAAAGUAGUAGCAGUGGAACAUUGAAAAAGGAAGGAAGGAGUAAAAAUCGCCGAAAGUGGGCAGGUUUGUUGAGUGGUGCAGUGAAAAGCAAGACUUUGAACAGAAAUGGUGACAUAAGUGUAGAGGAAUUUAACAAACGUCAUUCUACUGUUCCACGACUUCCUAUACCUUCAACUAUUUCUAAAGACACUAUGUGCCAAAUCUUAGAGCAUAAAUUAGAGGACGCACAGUUAUUUCACGAAUUUGAUAAAAUUACAAAACUUAAACCAAAUGCAGAAUUUUCUACAGCUUUUGUAUUAGAAAAUUAUUCAAGGAAUAGGCACAAGGAUAUUCUACCUUAUGAAGAAAAUCGCGUUCGUCUAUCACCGAGUAAAGAAAAUCGAUUUGGAUAUAUCAACGCAUCUCAUAUUACCGCAUCAGUGGGAAACGAACAAAGAUUUUACAUAGCUACACAGACACCAUUGCCAAGUACGGUGAAUCAUUUUUGGCAAAUGGUAUGGGAGGCGGGAGUACACCUUGUCCUUGAUUUGUCCCUACCCAAAAUCAAUUCUAUAGAUGACAAUUAUGGAAAAUACUUUCCAACAGUUGCUGAUCAUUCUGUACAAUUUGGGGAGUAUCAUGUGUGGCUGCAAUUUACACAGGAGACUGGUCAUUGUGUCACUAGUAAAUUAAAAUUGCAACACAACUCAUCUAGAAGAUCAAGAAGUGUUUGGCAUUUACGGUAUGAUCAAUGGGUAGAGCAGGAUUGUCCGACAGACGUUUCACAUUUUCUUGGUUUCUUGGAAGAAAUGAGUUCAGUGCGUGAACACACAAUAACAGAAAUACCAACUGGACAAAAUCGUAAUCCACCGAUUCUUGUCCAUUGUAGUACAGGAGUGGGUAGAACUGGCCUUACAGUAUUAACUGAUCUUCUACUAUAUACACUAGAUCACAAUCAGGAAUUGGACAUACCUAAAACCAUAUUACUGGCUCGACACCAGCGCAUGUUGUUUGUGGAAACAGUUGCUCAAUACAAAUUUAUACAUUCAUUGCUCAUUUACUAUUUGAAAAAUUCACGUCUCAUUUAG